AUGGCAAGCGGAUCAGGAGAAUGGUAAGAAUAUAUGUUUUAAUUCGCGAACUCAUUUGCAUUUCAAUACGUUCAUUGUAAAACGCCAUAUUGAAUGCUUGCCCCAUGCUGUUUUAUUUUCGUUUAGCAGUUCUAAAAGCUGUUCUAAAAGUAGAAAAUGCCGCAAAGAAAACUCACAUGUGGGAAAAUGUGACAGUAAACGAGAUCACACACCAUUCUGGCAGAAAUCGGUGUUCUUUAAACUGAAAAAUCAACAAGGAGAAUUAUCCUCUAACUUGCAUGACAUCGAGUUAAAAAAAGCCAAAAUUGACCUUGCCGAAGCAAAACUUCAAGAAAAGCAGGACAAAGUUAGUUCGUUGGUUACCGUGGCAGAAGAUAAAGUGGCUGCUGCGAGUAUGUAUAAUUUAUUCUAUUACAUGUCUGUAAAUGAAAUGUUGAAUGUCAAUAAUAUAAGGAAGGUUCAUUAAAUUUGCUUCAAAAUUUGUUUGCUUGUAGUGGCACUUUAGGGCAUAUCUGUAUAAAAUAGAUCCCGAGGUAAUUAUUUUUCUGUGGCAUUCAUAGAGUUCAGGCUAAUAAUGCUGCAAUAUUUUUGUACAUUUUAUUGCUUGUUAGCGGUUUGUAUAUUAGUGUAUACUAAACUGUGAAAUAUUUUACCAUUUCUAAAAAACCAUGCCAUGUAUUUAAAUUUGUUUUUAAACCAUUGAGUCGCAUUGCAACCCUAAUGCGCCCUACUUUAUUAUUUAACUCUGUCUAAUGCCAGAUGAUUUUACACGUCAAGGGGAGAGCGCUAGUGCUUAAUAGGCUAAAAUGUAGUUUAACAUCAUAAUCAAACGUCUCAGUGAUUAGCGAUUUUGAAGCGAUAUAUCCACUGUGUUAACCUAUAUUUCAGUACUGCAUUAGCAGGUUACCCGUAAAGGAGUAACUAGCUCUGUGGGUUAAACCGGUCAUGUGACAAAGAUUGUAAAAUAACAUGAGUCAAAGCAAUUUGUCUUAAGCCUGGUUUCCAUCUGAUGCCAACAGUCGGUAGGUUCCAUUGCCAGUGAUACUCAUGAGCAAAAUCCUUGUGUAUCUGCAAUAAUUUUCUCCUUCAAUUAUUAUCGACAUUAAGUCGGCGGUUGGUUGGCGUCAUAUGGAAACCAGGCUUUAUGCAUGGCAUGUGUACACUUCGAACAUUUGCUCGGCCAGGUUUUUUCUUUGCUUCUUAAAGGUGAUCUACAGUCCGUAUGUAAACAAAGCCUUUGUUUACAUUUUUGUGUCCAAAAUAUUGAGCUUUACUUGAGACAACUAUUUAUAUUUUCAAGCUUCUAGAGUACCGUAUAAUAAAUUAUCAAGACACAACAAUCAGGCUUUUCAAGAACUCAAAACAUAGAUAAACUGUCUGUAUCAUAAAAAGUGGGCUCAUUUGUGCACAUGCGCAGAUCGGACUGUAGAUCACCUUUAACUUAUUAAUCAGAUAAGCCACACAGCUAGAACAAAACUAUGCCAAGUGUGUGGGUGAAUUGCUGAGCCUUGGAUGGCUAACACUAUGCAUAUAUAACUAGACAUUACUCCCUUUUCCUAACAAUUCUAUUCCGUAACAUGGAUUUUGGCCCAGUCUGUCUGUACACGACAGGUACUGGAUUAAAAUGCCAUAGUGUAAACAAAAACUUGAAUCCAGUACCAAGUAACUCCAUUCUUUUUAUAGAAUGUGAUCUGGAGAAAUACAUCACAGAAAAAGAAGUCGCAGAACAAAAGGUCGUGGAACAACAACAAAAACUAAGUAAGAUAAACAAACAGUAUGAUAAACUGAAAAACCAAUCCCGAACACGCCGAGAAAAUACUAGUACCACACAUGAAAUCAUAACCAAUAACAAAUCUGGUACACGAUACAGACGACGGGAAGAAACAAAAAAUGUGCUUGAGUUUAUACAUGGUGGUGAAGAAGGCGCAUUAUAUGGUGCAUGGGAUUUCUUGUCAUCGACUGCUUCUAAAACUAUGAUGGAAAAUUUGAUUGCCAAGUAUUAUCGAGGGAGGUAUUUAGAGGGUAUUGUAAAGAAAACAGUGAAAGAACUUACUGAAGCAAAUAGUUCUUUAAAUGAUGCUAUUAGUUUAGAAUAUAAAAACUUUCUAUCUCGUAGAAAAUAUAACCUGCUAUGUAAAACACAGUCUUCUGUUUUUGACCCUGAUAAGGAAGUAUGGGUGCCAAGAAAUGUUAAGUGUUUGGAUUUUGACGUUCAACUCUCUCUUUCUAAUAUAUCCAAUGAAAGUAUUGAGAAAUUUGUCAAGACCCUAGAUAUUGGUUGUGUUUGUCAAAUUCCUGAUGUUUCUGGUGUGACUAGAACAAUCACUGGUCUAGUGUUCAUGAUAAUGGACCUUCAUUUAAAAUUGCCUCAUCUGUGCCGUCAACUUGUGUGGUUUAAGGGUAACACUAAUCAUUUCAUUUUUCAAUUUUCCGAUGAUGGUGCUCCUGAAACUAGCCAGCUUUCCAUGUCUAUUGGAAGUUUGACAUUAUGGAACUUAGGCCAGCGGGUUAGGAAUAGGGAGUUUCAAUAUCUUUUACACUGUGUUAGUCUGAAUGAGAAACAUGAUGCCCUUGAGUUACUUUGGCAACAGCAUACUGAAGAGAUGCUGUUAUUAGAGGCGAGUGUUUUCACUGUCUCUGGUAAGGAGUGUACGCUUGAGUUCCAACCAAGUGCUGACAUGAGUUGGCAAAGUUGGGCUUGUAACGAGCUUAAUCAGGCUGCCACACAUCCAUCGCCUUAUGCAAAUGUUCAUAAGGGCAACAUGGAUACUAUGGGUGGAAGCAUAGGGUAUAGCAGUACUGAUUUGUGGAAGCCCUAUGAUAGCAGUGACCGGGAAAAACAUAUUUCUAUGGUCAGUAGUUACCUUGCAAGCCUUUCUAAAAGCCUAACUGCAUCAACACUUCACACUAAGAAGCUAGCAUUCAUGGCUGAGCAUGGAAUCCGUCAGCUUGGAAGUCCUAGAAUUGGACUAUUUGCUGAUCGGGUAAAGCCGGAUCCUUUGCAUUGCGAGAUCAAUGCAUGGCAGCAUGUGCUAGAUUUAAUCUAUAGUGAGUCAGUUAGGCGAUGUGCCUUCGACAAGUUUAUCCAAACGCUUUCUGCUCCUGUUGGAGUAUGCCCUCGUAUAUCAACUCCUCCUGAUACAACUGAAAUAGAUGAAACAGCAGGGUCUGCUGAAUAUGCUUUUGAUAGGAAUGACAAUCUUGAGAGGGCUGGGUCAGAAAGUCUUUCACCUGAAAUGUCAUUUCAACCAGGCAUUUCCCUAGUGGAAAUGAGUAAAAAGGCUGCUUAAGCAAGCAUGUCAACCAUGUUAGAAACUUCUACUACUUCUCUUUCCAGUAGCCCAUCAGAUAUAUAUGGAUGUGGCUUGUCGUACCUUUCUACAAAGGUUGCGGAGCACUAUGGUGAUGAGAAAAAGCGCUUUAACAAGCUGAGUGUCAGGCUUAUAGGAUCACAGCCAAUCGCUCUUGCACGAUAUGGCUAUCGUUUGGCAGAUUGUUUGCAAACAGCUUGUGAAACAGAAGGGUAGAAAGUGAGACGGCUAGCACUUGGGAAAAUUAUGCAACACCUGCGCAAUGCUGGUGGGUUGUUUAAUAAGAUUUAUGUGAACAAUCCAGGUGAUAUUUCUCAGUUGGAGGAAUUCUGCCAGCUUUACUUUAAUCUACUUGCUCUUUUCUUUCCUGGCAGUAUCAAUGUUACUGUUUGGACAGUGGGUUAUGCCUUGCCAUUUCAUGCAAGGCAGAUAUAUGAUAUGUAUGGCAUAGGUUUUGGGAUUCUUUCUUUACAAGCCAAGGAGUCCAAACAUGCUGGGCUAAAGGGUGAGCUCUCUAUGACUAACCGAUCGAGGGCUAGUGAUCAUAAGGGCAAGUGGUGGCAGUUAAUGAGGUCUAACUACAUUAGAACUUUCUAUCUACCAGAACAUCAACCUUCUCCCCCCUGCUAUUCAUCACACUUUAAGUCCCGUAAACCUCCUCAUUGUGAUUCACCAAAGUAUUCUGAUUGUGGGAGAGAGAAAGUGGACACAGAGCAUACACAAUGCAAGGUUUGUUGCGAGGCUAUCCUUGUAAGCAGAUGUGCACAAGAGCAACAGCUCUCAACUGAUGUUGUUGCUUUGCUCAAACCGUGUGUUUGUGAUGUAUGCAAUAAGCGGUUUGCUGAUAAGCUUGGAUUGAAAGGGCAUCAUGAUAGUGUUCACAAAAGGCAAUCUAUCACAGCAAAAUCCUUAUCAUCCUUGAAGUCUUUAUCCGUUGAUGAACUUAAAAAAUGCUUAAGGGAAAGAUGUCUUUCUACUUCAGGUAAAAAGGAUAUUCUUUUGGUCCGUCUUGAAGGUGCGAUGGCAGGAGAGCUCUGA